CGGAAAUAACAAUAGAAAAUUAGGAUUUCUUAGGGGCACGCUGGUGUGGGCAUAUGAAUGGGAACAAAACCAUUAUCAUUAUAACUCAGAUUAGGGCAUAAGAGGGUAGAAAAAUAAUAUUAAAUGAGGACAUACGUUAUGGUGAAUUAUGAUUUCGGCAGAUAUGUCUUAGGAUUGGUUAAUUACAGGGUCAAUUGUAAAUUUCGUCGUAGUUUUUGUUUGCAUAAUAUCACGAACUGUAGACCUGUGUGGCAGUUGGCAGCUCAUUUAUGGUUGGUAACACCUUACUAAACGCCUGUUUCCCCCUCACAUACAAAUUUUUCGUUAUGUUUAGUGACCAUGUAAAUAUGAUUUACAAGUAAAAUGGUUCUGUAAUACUCAAAACGUGAAGGAAAUGCAUAAUCUGAAGUUUUAAUAAUAUUAUCUCUCUUGCUUUCUAGAAUAAAUGGAUAAUUUAAAAUUAUGCGAUACUCAAAAGGAAAAGACGAUCGGUUUUCGGUUAUUGUGACGUCAUAUUCGGAAGGGCUCGGAAGUUGUCGCGAAUUUAUAUUACGCUCCCAGAAUUCCACAAUAGUACAUGUCCGCCAUAAGUGCUGGUGGCUGUACGUUGGUUGCGGAGCUGUUCAGUCCGAGACCCAGUACGGCCUCAUGCAGCACUCUCCUUCGGAGAUCAAGGAAAAGUUACUAAAGGCACUCGACAAGGAAUACAAUGUUGUGGACAUGGCUACAGUGGUUGAGAUCAUUGCCAUCUUGGAAAGAACUGUCAUCACAAAGGAAGCACUUGAGACUACUCGUCUUGGAAAGUAUGUCAAUGAACUGCGUCGCAAGACGACAAAUGAACUGCUUGCGAGACGAGCGAAGGAUCUGGUACGAAGAUGGCGUGUCAUGAUUCAGGAGAACAACACAGCUGGGGUUUCUACAGUAUGUUCUCACAUUCCCUCAGCAGUUCAUCAGACAAAUGGGACAAAUCUCUUGUUGCAUCAAGUAAGUCCAGGACUCCGUUCAAAUGUGAGUCCUGCUCUCCCCCAGUUUGGCAGCACUGCGGGUCGGUGUUACUCGCCUUCGUCGGCUGCAGCUGGGGAUGCAACAACAAAUUUUAUACCAGGUUAUCCCCGCUCUCCAGUUAAGCCUUUUGUUACAGGUGAUUUAUUUUUGAACCCCAGUCACCAUUUUAAAGAGUCUUCCUCCAUUUCGCGUUCAAUUUCGAGUCCAAAAUUGCACCCUCUGGCCCCCCAAGUGAAACUUCCUAAUGUUUCAUCAAACUCUGAUCAUCUGGGGUAUCAUUGUCGUCCUAGCAUUUUAGUAAAUAUGGACUCUGUGCCCAGAACGCACGCGUCAAAUAAGAGACUCCGGAAAGAACCUUCACAGGACGUGUCAGCUAAAAAAUUUAGUCGGCCGAAUGGUCAAGUGGUCAAGGGGUUUGAUUUUAUGAAGUCUUGCGUGCCAUCGCAAUCUGAGAUCCAUGGCGAUGGUAGCCGAGACAGCAUAAGCGGUAUGAGCCAGGGCUCUAGUAGUUGUGAGGUAAUACCAUUACACAACAAAGUGCCUGUUAUGGAUAUGGUUUUUGGGAUGACGUGUGCUGCUGUUACAACAGCCACGACGACAGCUACUACCACAACUAUGGCUACUACUGUUACGUCAACAGCUGCUACAGAUCCCUUUACUUGGUCUAGCAUUUGUUCAACUUCUGUUGUUACUGAUACAACUUCUACACACAGUACUUCAGCUACUAAUAUUUUUGUUGGUACUACUGUAGUAACAACAGCUGUUUCUUCAGCUACUGAUACUAUAACUGGCUGCAGUACCACUCCCGUUCCUCCUGCUAAGACACGUCGGAAAAGAACUACAAAGUUGAGACGCGUGUCCGCUAGUGCUUCUGUAACACAGGCCAUAUCUGUGGGUGAUAUUCUGAAGGAGAAAAUAGCAUCUAAAGUCCGGACACCCAAAGUGAAAACUACACAGGAAUUGGUUGCUAGUGUACAAGCCAAGACUGGUGGUGCUAGUGGAACCCUUCCUGAAGAUAAAUUAGGUAAUUUAAAUGUACUUUUAUCUGAAAACAAACCUAGUCUUGCAAAAUGCAUUCUUAUGAGUCGGGGAACCCCCACAGAUGCCUUAGAGAUAUCGAGGAACAAGACCGAACACAUCGCGAAGUUCCUCCAAUCGCAGUCAGAGCUUCAUCCGAUUCAAGAAGAUCCUUCCAUUGUACCUCUUGCUGAAAUGGAAGAUCUGAGGUUACAGAAACAUUUGAGGGGUCUUCCUGGCAGUAGUGGUGGGGAUAAUUACAAUUCGUCUCCAGCCGAAGUGUCUUCAUUUUCAAAACUGUCGAAGGACAUCCUCCAGCAGUUCUCAUCGUCUAAAGACUCGCAAAGUGCCAGUGGUAUAGUGACGAACAUUCAUGAUCAAACUGUCGAAGAUAUUCUUCCUCCCGUUGAUGUAGACGCAAUAUGUUGGGAUGAGUCCGUGACUGACGGUACAGAUUCUGAACCUCCCGUUGCGAAGGAAGUAACAGAAGAGGUUAUUAGGAAGUUUCAUACCGAGCAUAUAGAAAACGUAAACGGAAAUGUGAACGAAGGUGCAAGUUGUGAUGACAGUGAUAAUUUCCGUGAGUGGCAUGAGACAGUGUCGAAGAGGUCCUAUCAGGGAGAAUUUUUACAUAUAUUGCCUUAUGUUGUAAUAGACUGACAUUGUUUUGGGGUUAAAAUAUUCUGUGGAAUGUGCCAACUGAGUAAGGAUACAAGGCUGAGGCAUAUUUUUGUGAUUCUGGGAUGGUAGGUGGUUGUGAGGUCUGAGUGGAAAAGGACACUCAUAAGAAUUUAUGUACUGCUGCAUCAUUUCUGGGGUAUUUAAUUACUGUUGCAGAAUUUUCUUCCUUUAGUUGUCACCAUUUGAGAAAGUGUGGUCCUUCACGAUACUGUUAAAUAAUUAUAUUUAAAUUUGACUGUAUUUUGUUUUUUUUAUUUUAUAACAAAAUUGACUGAACUGAAUCGUAUUCUCUGUAUAAUUAGAUGUUCUUGUUAAAUUACUGAUCUUUUUUCUGAUCUCCACUACUUUUUCUGUUUAAUAAGGUGUUCUUAUUAAUUAUAUACUUUCCAUGGUGUGAUUUUGCAAAUUAUUUCUUUCUGAAUACAUUUCAGCAAACUACUACGUUUGACAUCUCAGCUCAAAGAACAAUUUGUCCUAAAUCUGUUCCUGAUUUCAUGUAUUUCUUCUUUAUUUGCGUAACUUCUUCCUUUAAUAUUUAUACAUAUCCCUUAAGUACUUGAAAUUGCAGUUGUGGCCUCGUGUAGUUUUAUACAGGCUCAUGACUAUUGAUUGAACAAAGUGAGUUUGUUAAUAUUGUAUUUUGUUAUGUUUUAUAAAGUUUCAUUCCAUCGAUUAUUAUAAUAUGUAUAAAUAUUAAGUAAUUAUGUUACUGGACAGUGAUGAUGAGAAUGUGUUGGGUCCGUAUGAUGAGGUAAUUAGUUUGUGAAUUACUUGAAGGAUCAUUUGUAUUGUUUCAAUUUGUUUGAAAGCCAUGGAAUACAGAGCAAACUCAAAUGUGUGUUACUGUUAUUUCUGCUUUGGUUAGGUUAUGCUGUCAAUUGCGUUUUAAUGGUUAUCUUCAAUUCCAGGUGCAAAAUGCUUUAGCUCUGAGUGUAGUCUUAUUGAGACUUCUUUCUGUGAACCAGUCAGUUUAAUGUAGAAACCACAAGUUUCUCUGAGGAGCAGCUGGAAAGUUUGGGCAGUCUUUGUUAAAUGUGCCUUUGGUUUUGACAUGUCAAGAGCCACCCAAACACUUACCAUUUUCCCUUUGCCUAGGAGAAGUGAAGGUUACAUAUUUGUGUAAAAGUAUAUAGUCCAUAAUCCCUGAAAUUAAACGUGUCAAAUUUUCUGAGAAGCGAGCUUCGUGCGAUUGACUGGAUAGUCACGACGACUGAUACGCUGUACACUUAAGGCAGUUCCUACUACUUUUUGUCUGCACGGCGUCAAGGAAAUGUUGAUAUUUUCCGUUUAUCACUGUAGUUGGCGAAUUGUGUCACCAACAUAUUUUUAUUGUUCCACUAGUCUUUGAGCACCAUGUUCUACUUUCCUGGAAGAACACUAAGGUGUCCCGUUAUAUUUAUUGUUUGCUAGAUGGAUUAUCCAAAAUUAAUAAUAAGUGAUCAUUUUCCAAAACUGGGGCUGUUCAAUGACAUGAAGGUAAAUUUUAAAAAAAUGUUCAGAUGAGUUUUGCUAUAAUUGAAGGGAUCGUGUUAAAAAUGUCAGCUUGUAUAGAAAUUAUUUUUGGAAUUGUUUAUUCUGAGUAAAAAGUUACUCGUAUAAUUUAUGUGAUCUUCGUAGAUUUGUUAUGAUGGAAGAAAAUAGGCAUACAUAUGACCAUUCAGGUUUUGGGUUCUACUUUCUUUCUCCUGUGUUGUUUUGUUGCAGCCUACGCAGAAUGUCGUUAAGCCAAUAGAGUUGAAAUGUUCAAAUUUAUCAGAACUUUAAAAUUUAAAUUUGAGUGGCCAUACGUAAAUGUAAAGUAUUACAUGAACGUUAUUGCAAUGAUACCAAAAUAUUAUAUGGAUUAAUAACUGUGAAUACAUGUAAAAAAAAUGAUGUCUGAAUGUUUUCAUUCACAUUUGCCCAUUUUUUUGAAACACUGUUCUGAAGUUUAAUUUUAAAAAUUUUACAUCUAGUUUCUGGGGUUGCAUAAUUGUUAUGUGGAUACGCAAUUUGUCGUCGUAAUCUGAAACUUGUACUGUUUCUUGUCUGAGAGUGUCCCAAAAUACGUUUCCAAAUUUUACUCUUAAAACAAAAUAUACUGAAUGUGAAGGGCAAUACAAAUUUGUCAGCGUUCUAAAAGGCAUUUUGAUUGUACAAACGUAUGGUACCAAAAAAAGAAUUGUUCUGCGGUCUUUUCAUGAGAAAAUUUUAAUGUAUCCUGCUAGUACUAGUUCUCUGCUUGGCUGUACAAGGUCAGCAUUUCAGAAACUUGUGCAAGUAGGUAAGAUAAUGUUUGGGAAACUGAUGCUGCUAAUAUAUAUUUUUCCCCAAUAUUUACAUUACACCUAUGGAGCAUGCAGUGAAAAUUUUAUGUUAUGAAGGAAGGAAAAUAUUGGCUCUCUUACAGACAUCGAAGUAUCUUAGUCUUCAGAGCAGCCAUAGAAUGUUCCAUUCUCCAAACUUUAGAUACAUUUCACUCUUAUGUAACAAUUUUGCAGUUAUUUAAAUUGCUGACUAAAGGAGUUAUGUUAAUGUAGGGUCUACAUAUUCAAGAGCACACGUGACAAAAAUUCCGUGUAUUGUGCGUAGUAUUUCUCAUGAAUAAGUAUUCGGUAGAAGACUGGCCGUCACAUUCCCCAGAUUUAAAUUUGUGUAUGUUAUUUAUUUAAAGUAGAAUGCUUACAAAAAUAAUCCAUACUCGUUAGAGGCCUUAGGAAAAGAAUUAACACUCAUUCCAGAAAUCAUGAAGAAAGAAUAUCGAGAUGCGUCUCAGAACUUGCAUCACCAUGAAGUGUAUUUCAGUGAUGAAACCAUUUCCAACAGUUUUCAUGGGCCAGUUUUGCCACGUUACUAGAAAAGGUGAGCAGAGGACCUUAUUAUUCAAAAAAUCUUUCUCAAUGAACUGAAUUUUCCAAGGACAGAAAAGGUGGCUGUCCAGCAGUUGGACACUGUCCACUGUAGUUGCUUCGACAUGAGAGUUUAGAUUCUCAAGGUGUUGGUGAUGUCGACUAUGGCCUUCUGGGUUGUGACACCACGUAGUCUUCGAGUGGUUAUCAGAGUUGGAGGAAUGCAUCCCCUUCAAUCACUUCAAACCUGAACAUUUAGGCAGUUUAUUCCUCUAAAAUGGUAAAUACCACAGCCCACCAGACCACAGUCGAUUUGCCCUAGACAUCUCUCUACCUUUUUCAAGACACUGAAGAGACCAGGUCCAUCGUUUAGGACUGAUAACUGCUGAAGUGACCCCAGAUGUCAAGAGUAUGUUCCAUGACUUAAGACUACCAUUUAUGUCACUCAGACGAUUACACUAUUGCUUCUUACUUGAAGUGGGACAUUAAAAUUUCAUAAAUGGAACAGUCCCUUUUGCCUUGUAUAAUAUAAGCAGAUAACUUUAUAGGGAGUUGUCAAGAACCCCCUUUGCAUACACAUUUCAAUGUAAAUAUAGUAUCCAUCGAUAUAAAAAAAGAAUAUGACUGUCAGUAAUAACAGAUACUGGAUCUUGUAGUAUCUGUAAUCAUGAAACUAGUUCAGUAAAUAACUUCCUAGGCUUUCAGGUUUACUAGAAGAUGAAUCAUGAUUUUGUAUGUUCAAUUGUAGUUGUCAUGGAACUGAAGAAGACAUUAAUUAACCUGCACCACCUGGAAACGGAUUUAAAUUUUUGUACUAUAGAGUUGCCUAACAGACAUCAGCUCCAGAGUUAACAGUUUAGUGGUAUUCUACUCUGAUGCUUGGCCGUCUAGAUCACGCGUCAGACAGAUAAUAAAGGUUAAGCUGUAUAAAGUGACUAUAAACAAUUAGUAUGACUUUUAAAAAUUAAUUUUUUAUAACGAAGACCGACGUGGGACGGAUAAUAUUCACUGUAUACAGGCAGGGUAAUGUCAAUCACUUUUUUUUUUAAAGAAUUGGUAGUCAUAAUUAUGUAUCGUGAGGUUCAUGAAUGAAAUGAAAGUGGUGGCCUUCUAUUUUAUUACAUGUGAACAGAGAUGCAGAAUUCUUUUGAUAUGAUGUAAAAAAUUAUAUAUUGCACAGACUUGUACUAUACACAAGACAGUGUCCAUUUUUAAACUUAUUUUACUUGUUAACCUGACUUUAUAUCAAGUGACCAAACGUCUUUGAAAUGGGAAUAAAUUUGCAGUCACUUGAUAAACCACUGUCUUCACUCUUGUAAGUAUACUAGACUCAAGGGCAUUAAUUAUUAUUUGAUAUAAUUAUUUUCAUUUGUGUUUACACUGUCUUCAGGUCAUCUCAUACUUUACAUGAGGAAGGAAUGUGUGUAGUGUGUGCUUGAUAGUUUUUAGGAAGUUGAUAAGUAUUAUAUCUGUUGUUUCAUGUUUACAGCUGAAUGAAAAGAAUUUUGAAGUACUGUACAUUCAUAACUGUUUAAUUCUGGAUUUACAAAAAAUAUAUAUAUAUAUAACUAGAAGGGGUCCUGAUAUGUUAUUAUUCCCAGAAUAAUUGCCAAAGCUUUGUUAACUGUUUAUAAUUAAGUGAGAAAGAGUUAUGUUUGAUACUGUAAAGUUUGUUAUAUCUGUGUAUAAUUCCACAGAAAAAAUAUAAUACAGUGAACAUUUUAA